AUCCAUUAACGAAAUAUUGAACUUUGGUAACAAUAUGUCUUUGCUUUGUGUGACAGUCCGGAGGGCUCAACUCGAAGGCAAUGAUGCUCAAUUCAGUACUUAUGUGACACUUAAGCUCCAGAAUGUUAAGUCAACGACAGUAACAGUAAAGGGUUGUAAUCCUUGUUGGGAACAGGACUUUAUGUUUGAGACGAAUCGCAUAGAUACUGGUCUUGUCAUAGAAUUAUGGAACAAAGGUCUUCUAUGGGAUAAAUUGAUUGGAACCAAUUGGAUGCCUCUAAUUAACAUCCAAUUUGCUACUGAAGUGGCUGAAGGACAAUGGCUAUCAUUGGAUGCAGAACUAGAGAUAAUAAAUGGUGAAGUGUGUGGCACUCAUACACCAACUGGUCAUCAUCUUCUACUUGAAGCACACUUUGAACCGCCUUAUGAGUUACAGAUCGAUGACGUGGGAGAGUUUAGCCGCAAAUUGCAAUAUCUUAACACUUAUAUGGAACAGGAAAUGAUUGCCUGGAAUCAGGAACAGAGAACUCGUUUCAAUCCUCACGCAAACCAACUUUAUUCGGGACUCUCUGAAGAUAGUGAUUAUACCAGUGAUGUUAGUUAUCCAUUACAACAGCCCUGCACUUCAGCACAUCACGCAAACAGCUCGACCUCACACUUCGCUAGUGCCGCUCAAUUCACACAACGGGCCUUAGAUACCAUUGAUCGCGACUACACUUCUGGCCAUUACGUCAAUGAUAUGUCCGCAGAAGAGUCGUUUGAUUGUGUGAACCAAUCAAAUCAAAUGCAUAAUAGCUUUGAUGAAAAUCCUAAUCAAUCCUAUGAUUCAAAUCAAUUACCGGUACAUAAAUCCUAUAAUCCUAACCCAAAUUAUGAUUAUUAUGGUAGCGAUCAAAAUAAUUAUCAAAAUAGUUUUCCAGAAGAACCUCUUUCUUAUAAUAGUCGUCCAAAAAGACGGACAUUACCUCAGAUUAGUGAUAAAACCCGAAAAAAUUCUUUUGUUAAUAAUGUUAAUCAAAAUAUAGAAACUCCAAACUUUCCAAAUAAUCAAAUAAAUACUGAUUUACAAAACUCUCAGUAUUUCAAUCAAAUGGAUUAUAAUAAUAUCAAUGAUGUGAAUCAUAUGCCGAUUCCCAACUUUCAUAGGUCUCGACCAACAGUUCCACAACGAAAACUGCCUCUCCGUAAGCCUAGCCUUGAAAGACAGGGAUGUUUUGAACACUAUGAAGAAAAUUUUGAAUCUAACCGUCAAAUUCAAUAUAAUGAUUAUGAGACCAGUUAUGAUCAACAAAGACCUGAAUUAACUGAUCAAUACUAUAGUGUUGACGAAACAUUCAAAGAUGAAGACAAAUAUGAUUUAAAUGAUUAUAACAGUUAUGUGGAUACUGUCGCACCAAACACUGUCCUCCAAAAUGAUUUAGUUAUUGAUAAUAAUUAUAAUAAUAAUCAAUUUAUUAAUAAUAGUAGUAAUAGUGUUAAUAAUAGUGUUAAUAGUGGUGUUAAUAGUGGUGUUAAUAAUAGUGUUAAUAAUAAUAUAAAUAAUACAAAUCAACAAUUAUUACAACGAAACAAUAAUCUUGAAUUAAGUGCCGGAACUGUUAACAAUUGGAACAACGAAACUAUUGAUAAUCAAUUGCCAAAUGAGUUUCAAUGGAUCCGCAAGAAUUCAGACAAGAAGAAGGAACAGUGGAAGAGUUCAGCGCAAACCGAGUCAACCAUUUGGCAGACUGUCGAAGAAGACCACUUCGACGAGUCAUUACCAGCAAUGGGAACCACUGACAAGCAAUCGCCACAGUUUAUCACUCCUAAGAAUAGUAUUGAUCAAAAUAGUGACACAUUUAAUGAUCAAAACGAUAGUGUAGUACAUAAAAGUACAAUCGAAACAAUACCUGUCGAUGAAAUCAAUGACUUUGCCAAUGAAAUGCCAUCGAUUCCCAGUACUCUUCCGCACAGUGCUAUCAAAAGUGAUAACAGACCUUCCGGUGAACCAAAAACUGUUAAAUUUAGUGAUGAUAUUUGUAAAAGUCCUCCAAAAAGUGAAAUACCAGCGCCUUCUUCAUUGAUGAUGACAUCAAGUCUGACAACAAGUCUUUCUAGUAAUUCAAACCCUGAAGGUCUGUCCAGAGCACGAGUCCGAUGGAUCACAGCCUUCAAUAAAAUUACAUCUGAAUUAUCAGAGACCGGUGCGCGACAGGGAAGUGGUGACGGAGUCAAGAGUUUGUGGCCUAAAGGAGGUGAUAAUCCAUUCUUUAGCGGAAUCGACGCAAUGCCUGAUAUAAGACCCCGAAAAAAGUCAAUUCCGUUGGUCAGCGAAUUGGUUUUAAAGACAAUGGCAGCGACCAAACGUAACGCAGGUCUGACAUCCGCCGUUCCCCGCGCUUCCCUUAACGACGAGGAAUUGAAAACUCAUGUCUAUAAGAAAACACUUCAGGCACUGAUAUAUCCCAUAUCGAGUACAACACCACAUAAUUUCCAGCCCUGGACUGCUACCAGUCCUACGUAUUGCUAUGAAUGCGAGGGAUUGCUUUGGGGUAUUGCCCGACAAGGAGUCAGAUGUACUGAAUGUGGUGUCAAAUGCCAUGAAAAAUGCAAAGACUUAUUAAAUGCCGACUGUCUUCAAAGAGCGGCCGAAAAAAGCUCAAAACAUGGGGCCGAAGAUAAGGCUAAUAAUAUUAUUACAGCAAUGAAGGAUAGGAUGAAAGUGCGAGAACGGGAUAAACCAGAAAUAUUUGAACUAAUCAGGGAUGUGUUUAGUGUCGACGAAAAGAGUCAUUCGGGUCAUAUGAAAGCCGUAAAACAAUCAGUACUCGACGGCACUUCCAAAUGGUCGGCCAAAAUUGCCAUCACCGUGAUCUGCGCUCAGGGUCUUAUAGCCAAAGAUAAGAGUGGCACAAGUGAUCCUUAUGUGACCACUCAAGUCGGCAAAACCAAAAAGAGGACCCGAACUAUAUCUCAAGAUUUAAAUCCAGUCUGGAAUGAAAAGUUCUUCUUUGAGUGUCAUAACUCCUCCGACAGAAUUAAAGUUAGGGUUUGGGAUGAAGACAAUGAUCUCAAAUCUAAAUUAAGACAAAAACUGACGAGAGAAUCGGAUGACUUCUUGGGACAAACUAUUAUUGAAGUCAGAACUUUGAGCGGAGAGAUGGAUGUGUGGUAUAAUCUGGAGAAAAGGACAGACAAGUCUGCUGUUUCCGGAGCCAUACGAUUGCAUAUAAGUGUUGAGAUUAAGGGUGAAGAAAAAGUAGCGCCAUAUCACGUCCAAUACACUUGCCUUCAUGAGAAUUUGUUUCAUUAUUUGUGUGAAACUCAAAACAAUGGUGUCGUCAAACUGCCCGACGCUAAAGGGGACGACGCAUGGAAAGUCUACUUUGAAUACCCGGCUCGAGAAAUAGUCGAUGAGUUUGCUAUGAGAUAUGGCAUUGAAUCUAUAUAUCAAGCCAUGACUCACUUUCACUGUCUGUCCACGAAGUACUUAUGUCAAGGAGUUCCUGCAGUGAUGAGUACCCUAUUAGCCAACAUCAAUGCAUACUACGCCCAUACGGCCGCAUCAUCUGCCGUCUCGGCCAGCGAUCGCUUCGCUGCCUCUAAUUUCGGGAAAGAAAAGUUUGUUAAACUGUUGGAUCAGUUGCACAAUUCGCUUCGUAUAGACUUAUCUAUGUAUAGGAAUAAUUUCCCCGCGUCUUCACCCGAGAAACUUCAAGAUCUCAAAUCAACGGUUGACUUACUAACGAGUAUAACAUUCUUCCGUAUGAAAGUCCAGGAGCUGUCGAGUCCUCCCCGAGCCAGUACUGUCGUCAAAGAUUGCGCCAAAGCAUGUCUGCGAUCGACAUAUCAGUUCUUAUUUGAAAACUGUACAGAAUUGUAUGGACGAGAGUUUCAAACGGAUCCAAACGAGAAAAAGGAGGGUCAGGAAGAUCACGGACCAAGUCUUCAGAAUCUUGACUUUUGGCACAAACUCGUGGCGCUUAUGGUAUCCAUCAUUGAAGAAGACAAAAAUAGUUACUCUCCUGUUUUGAAUCAGUUUCCUCAAGAGUUAAAUAUCGGACAUUUAAGCGCUGCCACGAUGUGGAGUUUGUUUGCUGUUGACAUGAAGUAUGCUCUCGAAGAACACGAACAAAACAGAUUCUGCAGAAGUUCUGCGUAUAUGAACCUUCAUUUCAAAGUCAAGUGGUUUUAUAAUACAUAUUGUAAAGAUGUGCCACAAUUUAAAGGAUCAGUUCCUGAAUAUCCCGCAUGGUUUGAACCAUUUGUGAUGCAAUGGCUCAAUGAGAACGACGACGUAUCCCUUGAAUACCUAAACAGUGCCUUUUUAAGAGAUAAGAAAGAUGGGUUCCAACAAAGUUCAGAACAUUCUUUGUUCUCCAAUUCAGUGGUCGAUGUGUUCACUCAAUUGACACAAUGUUUUGAUGUCAUCUCCAAACUCGAGUGUCCCGACCCUGAGAUUGUCAAGAGAUAUAUGAAACGAUUUGCUAAAACUAUAGUCAAAGUAUUAACCGCUUACGCGGACAUCGUUAAGAAAGAGUUCCACAAUUAUGUGGCACAAGAAAAAACUGCCUGUAUUUUAAUGAACAAUAUUCAACAAUUGAGAGUACAAUUAGAAAAAAUGUUUGAAUCUAUGGGUGGAGAAAAACUGGAAUCAGAUGCGGCAAACAUUCUCAAAGAAUUACAGCAAAGUCUUAAUGGAGUUCUCGACGAAUUGAGUGCUAUUUUUGCCAAAAGUUUGGAGGGAACUAUAAAACAAAGUGUUCAGGAAUUGGGAAUUCUUUUACAACAAAUAAAGGGUUCGUCCGGCAGUUCAUCGCAAGCAAAUCAAGCUCUUCGAAACAGUCAAGAGGUUGCCGCCGAUGCCGACCAUAUAUUACAUCCUCUGAUGGAUCUAUUAGAUGGAAAGCUUUCAAUGUUCGCUCAAUUCUGUGAAAGAACUGUUUUGAAAAGGCUAUUGAAAGAGCUCUGGAAGAUAGUUAUGCACACAUUAGAGAAGACUAUUGUUUUACCACCGAUGAGUGAAAAGAAUGUAAUCCUCCAGAACCUUCCAAACGCUAAGAUUGAAGACGUUUCCCGAUUGUUCCGCAAUCACGUCACAGCUAAUCGUUUACCAACUCUUGGAGUUAUGGAGUCACUUCAGUUUGAGAAAAAUUUGAGUCCAAAACAAUGUGCUGUUCUCGACAUCGCAUUGGAGACAAUAAAACAAUACUUUCACGCCGGAGGUAAUGGACUUAAGAAGACAUUCCUCGAGAAGAGUAACGAAUUACAGUCAUUGAGAUACGCAUUGUCUUUAUAUACACAAACCACUGAUGCUCUCAUCAAAACCUUUGUCACAUCUCAGACAAAACAAGAUUUGCCGACACAAGAAGAUGGACCGGUGGGUGAUGUUUCCAUACAAGUGGAUCUGUUUACUCAUCCGGGAACAGGUGAACAUAAGAUCACAGUUAAAGUGGUUGCGUGCAAUGAGCUUAAAUGGCCCAACACUAGUAUGUUUAGGCCAUUCGUUGAGGUCAAUAUGAUUGGACCAAAUUUAAGUGAUAAAAAAAGAAAGUUUGCCACCAAAUCCAAGAACAACAAUUGGUCGCCAAAAUACAAUGAAACCUUCCAUUUUAUUAUCGGUAACGAAGAGGAACCGACAUCUUUUGAAAUUCAUAUCGCAGUUAAAGAUUACUGUUUCGCUCGAGAAGACAGACUGGUUGGGGCCGCUAUCAUGCAGUUGAGGGAUAUUAUUGAACAGGGAAGCUGUGCCUGUUGGCUACCAUUAGGUAGACGGGUCCACAUGGAUGAGACCGGUUGGACUAUCUUAAGGAUACUAUCGCAGAGAUCCAAUGAUGAGGUCGCCCGAGAAUUCGUCAAACUUAAGUCAGACGUCAGAAAUGAUGAAAAUAUAGCACAAUCUCAACAAAAUCCUCAACAACAGCAACAAUGAGUUGACUAUUACUAAGACAUGUCUUUAUCUAAUCUAUUAUUUAAUGAUAUU